AUGUCUAAAAAUAAGAAAUGCAAAACGAGCGCCAAAAAAGGAGGAAAAACGUCUAAGGAUGACGAACUGAAAGACCAAUGCGAGGAAAUGGCGGCCAGAAAAAAAUGCAAAAAAACGUCCAAGAAGGAGAAAGCAGCAAAGCAGAAGAACAAGUGCAAGGAACUGGCCAUGAAGGAGAGGUGCAAAAAGAUGUCCAAGUGCCCAAAGAAAGGCAAAAGCAAGAAAAUAAAAGGAAAAGCUGACAAGCUCAAGAAGAAAUGCAAGGCCAUGGAAACAAAAAAGAAGUGCAAAGAGUUGGCUAAAAAAAACAAAGCCAAAGAAAUGGCUAAAAAGAACAAAUGCAAAAAAGGCGACAACGAAGAAGACCAAAAAGCUAAGGAAGCUGAAGCAAAAGAGCGAUGCAAGGAAAUGGCAAACAUGAAAAAAUGCAAAAAAAUGGCCAAAAAAACGAAAGCAGCAAUGCAGAAGAAGAAAUGCCAGGAAUUGGCCAUGAAGGAGAGGUGCAAAAAGCUGUCCAAGUGCCCAAGUAAAAGCAAGAAAGUCAAAGGCAAAGCUGACAAGCUGAAGAAGAAAUGCAAGGCCAUGGAACUUGAAAAGAAGUGCAAGAAACUCAUCAAAAAGAAGAAAAACGGAAAGAAGUGCUAAGAGUUUUCCCAGCGGAAAAAUCGCGAUUUUUACUAUUUUACGAAACUGUAAAUAAUAAAUUGUA